AUGCGGGGGUUCAACUUGCCGCACAAACACAGAGAGCUUCGCAGAUGGGUACAGGCGGAGAAGUUUAUGUUUGGAUGCUUGUUGGAAACUAGGGUACAACAAGGAAAUUUUGCUGAUUGUUUGGAAGCGGCUUUACCUGGUUGGGCAGCUAUGUCUAACUAUGAAUUCAAUCCUUUAGGGAGGGUCUGGUUCUGCUGGUCUGACAAGGUUGUGGUCACUAAGCUUCAUAGUAGUGCACAGGUCAUUACCUAUGCAAUUCAGAUUCCUGAGACGCAGGAGCAGUUCAUAUGUUCAGCGGUCUAUGCAUCAAACUGUGAAGUGGAAAGAAGACGGCUUUGGUGGGAACUUCGGGGAACUCAGGCCGCUUAUAGCCAUCUAGACAUGCCUUGGAUAGUGGCUGGUGAUUUUAAUGCGAUUCUUUCUUCUAGUGAACACUCCCGGAGAUGCUUAACAAGCUCUAGCCAGAUGGGAAUGACGCAGAUUCAGGAGGCGGUGGGGGAUUGCAAUCUAACUGAUCUUACGCAUUCAGGAGUGAUAUUUACAUGGUGGAAUAAUCAGGAAGCUGAUCCUAUUGGCAAGAAACUGGAUCGGGCUCUCAUCAAUGGAUCAUGGCUUCGAAGUAUCCGCAAGCGUCUUGUCGAUUUGAGGCAGGGGGAUUUCAGAUCACGCAGGAUGUGUGACUUCCUCCCCACGGUGAAGAGAGUUUGGGACUCCACUCAACCUAUACAUCACUCCCGUACAGCUUUAAGUAGAUUCCAUGCUAAGUUAAAUCUCUUAAAGUAUGAUAUGCGGCUGCUUAAUAAGACACAUUAUGGGGAUCUUCCUGCGAGGACUAAACAAGCUCUUGAGGAGAUGUGUCGCUGCCAAAACUUGGUGCUGCAGGACCCGAGUCCGGAACUGAUAACCUAUAGAUGUUCGUCGGAGUCAGCUGCUGGUCUUAUAGCUCCAGUGUCUGAAAAGGAAAUCUUAUCUGCAUUGCAUGCUUUACCCAAUGAUAAGGUCUCGGGGCCUGAUGGAUUUACCAAGGAAUUUUUUAAUGCUGCUUGGGCAAUUGUUGGAAAGGAGUUUAUCAUUGCGGUGCAGUCUUUCUUUCUAUUUGGCUUCUUACCCACUGGCAUCAAUGCAACAAUUCUUUCCCUUAUACCUAAAUCGGUGGAAGCGAAGACCAUGAAGGACUACCGACCGAUUGCCUGUUGCAAUUUACUAUAUAAGGUCAUUUCUAAAGUCCUUGCUCGUCGGCUCAAGACAAUCCUGCCAGAGGCCAUAGAAGUUAAUCAGACAGCGUUUAUCAAGGGGCGCCUAUUGCUUGAAAAUGUCCUCCUUGCUUCAGAAUUGGUAAACGGGUACCAUAGGACCUCCAACUCCAACAGAUCAACAGUGAAGUUUGACAUCUCGAAAGCCUUUGAUACCGUCAAAUGGUCGUUCAUCACUUCUGUUUUGCAAGCUAUGGGCCUACCUCUGCAGUUUAUCCUCUGGAUUAAGGUUUGUAUUUCAUCGGCUGCUUUCUCUGUCUCCGUGAACGGCAGUCUGGAUGGUUUCUUUACAAGUGCUAGGGGUAUACGACAGGGAUGUUCUCUGUCACCACACCUCUACGUUAUCUUGAAUAAUGUCCUCUCUAAGAUGUUAAACAAAGCUGCGGAAGAGCAUCAGUUUGGUUAUCAUCCCCAAUGUAAAGAAGUGAGACUCACUCAUCUAUGCUUCGCUGAUGACAUUCUAGUUUUCACUGAUGGUUCUGUUGGUUCGCUGAGAGGAGUUCUGAGGGUGAUGGAGCAGUUUGCAAAUAUCUCCGGUCUUCAUAUCAAUGCCUCAAAGUCAUCCAUAUUUGCCACAGGUCAGCACAUAAACCCUUUGCUAAGUGAAGCCGUGAGUUUGGGGAUAACAGUGGGAAGUUUACCAGUCAAGUACUUGGGUAUGCCGCUUACUACCAAAGCUUUAACAAAGCAAGACUACGAGCCAUUGAUAGACAAGGUCAGAGGCAGAAUGUUAUCUUGGAGGAACAAGUAUUUAUCCUAUGCGGGGAGGCUACAGUUGAUCAAAUCAGUCAUUACAAGUAUUGUAAACUUUUGGAGUCAAGCUUUUAUUCUUCCUAAAGCUUGUUUGGAUACAAUUGAAAGCAUGUGCAGCGCUUUUUUGUGGUCUGGCUCUCCAAUGCAGACGCACAAAGCCAAGGUGGCUUGGGAGGAUCUCUGCUGUCCUAAAGAGGAGGGUGGUCUUGGCAUCAGGAAGUUGCGUGAUUCAUCAAAGGUCUUUGCGCUAAGUUUAAUUUGGAGGAUUUUUUCGAAUUCAAGCUCUCUAUGGGUCUCUUGGAUUCAACGCUACUUACUGCGCCAGAAUUCGUUUUGGGAAGUAAGGGGGGAUGGAAAAGGAUCUUGGAUCUGGAGGAAGCUUCUCAAGUUGAGAGAGUUGGCCUAUCAGUUCAUCCGGUUUGAGAUUAACGAUGGUCACACUGCAGUUUUUUGGCAUGAUGACUGGUUGCAGAUGGGGAGACUCAUGGAUAUCAUGGGCGAUGUGGGUACGUACUACCUUGGGGUUGAGAGAACCGCUCGAGUUAGUGAAGCAGUUCUGGGUCAGCAAUGGAACAUCAGGGGUCACAGGAGUAGGCAUUACCAUGCACUUCAUGACCGUAUCCAGAAUGAAAGGGUACCACUUGAUGAACAUGGUAGAGACGUGGUGCUUUGGAAGCAUGCUGAGAACACAUAUAAACCGCACUUCUCUUCUAGUAGAACUUGGGAUCAGGUACGGGUGAAGAAAAAUAAGGUGGUCUGGAGCAAGAGUGUUUGGUUUCCACAGGGCGUUCCUAGAUACUCUUUUAUUGUUUGGCUGGCAAUAAAGGAUCGACUAUCAACUGGAGUGCGUAUGAGGGCGUGGGGCAUACAUCAAGGUUGCUUGAUGUGUGGAGAAAGGGAUGAGUCGAGGGACCAUAUCUUUUUUGCUUGUCCCUUUACUUUCACUGUCUGGAAUAGACUUGCAGGUCGGCUGUGUGGGCGAAGGAUCAAUCCUGACUGGAGUCUUACUUUGCAAUUUGUUACCAGAAACACUCUUAGCAGCUUGGACAAGAUACUAGUCCAAAUGCUGUUUCAGACAUGCAUCUAUUACAUGUGGAAGGAGAGGAACGAUCGUAGACAUUAG